AUCCCAAUUCCCAUUUCCCACGCACGCCUAUAUAUAAAUAGACCUUCAAUUUAUUUCUCCUCCAUACACACAGAUUAAGCUAAUUUUGAUCAGAGUUCUCUCACGAAAGCCGCUUGCUAUUGCUUCCGAUCCUCUAAAACAUGAAGCAAAAAAUAGUUAUCAAGGUGCAACAACUGAGCAGUGAAAAAUGCAGAGCCAAGGCCAUGAAGAUUGCCGCGAGAGAAGAUGGUGUGAGCUCGGUGGCAGUAGAAGGGUCAGAAAGAGAUCAGUUGGUGGUGGGUGGCGAAGGAGUUGACCCGGCUAACUUGACCAGCUCGCUAAGGAAGAAGCUUUGCCCAGCUGCCACCCUAUUGAGCGUCGAAGAAGUGAAGGAAAAAGUGGAAAGAAAUCCGGAAGUUAUAAUUAGCCCUUCACAGAGUGUUACCAACUUUUCAGAGUACUUACCAGCGUAUUAUCAAAUAUACCAAGCACCAUUUCCCAAUUCCUAUGAAGUCGUCUACGAUCCGUAUCCAACUAACUGCUCCAUCAUGUAAUCGUCCCGGCCGGCCCCUAAACCUUUGUUUCUGUUAAGUUUGGCGCACUAUAUAUGUUGCUUAGAGUGUGUUACUUAGGUAAUUCUUCCUGUUUUUAGAUUGGUCUUUUGGCCAUUAACGCAUGGCUGAAAUAUAAAAUAAGCACUGUUUUAGAUUGUA